UAUGUGGUGUACUGUAUGUAUUACUUCCAAGCACUUAUCAGACCCCGCACUGCACUACGCUCUCUCCGAGCGCCUAGCACCGCUCGACUGGUCCCGCCAUCUCUCGGGGUGCAAGAAACACCAACGAUGAAGUCUCAGGUCACACUCCUGCUCAUCUGCAUGCUUUUCUCCAAAGCGCUGUCGCUGACUUGUCACCAAAGUGUGCCACACUUAUCUGGAACAUGCACCAAUGAAAAGAUAAUCUGUGCAGAUCAGUGUCUCACUGCCACCACUUCUGUGUACAUGCGCGGUGCAAAGAUGUCGGAUGCUAAUAUGAAGGCUUGCGGCACGGCAGAGAUGUGUGUGAGCGAGAGCAUGAACCUGGGAGUGAUGAAAAUGGUCAACAAUGUCAAAUGCUGCCAAACUGAUCUCUGCAAUGCUGAAACGCUGCCAGCUCCUCCGAAGCAGGCUCCCAAUGGGAGAUCGUGUUACAGCUGUGAUGCUAACGGCUGCUCAGGAACAGUGAACUGUGAAGGAAGUGAAAAUCGCUGCAUCAGUGUAUCAGUUCAAGAAGGGAGCAAGACCACGUCUAUGAAAGGAUGUGUAUCCAAGAGCCUCUGUGCUGCUUCUGGAUCAACAAGCAUGCCAGGAAUUGAAACACCAACGAUGAAGUCUCAGGUCACACUCCUGCUCAUCUGCAUGCUUUUCUCCAAAGGGUUUUCACUGAAAUGUAUGGCUGGCAACUGUAACUCAGUAUCUGGAUCAUGCACACAGCAGAUCUGUUUACAAAGCGAUCACUGUGUCACUAGUACCACUUCUUUAACCAUUGGUGGUGCAAAGUUGCAAGAUGUUAAUACGAAGACAUGUCUCUGCGGCACGGUAGAUUCGUGUGUAACCGAGAGCAUGAACCUGUGCAUACUAAAAAUAGUCAACAAUGCCAAAUGCUGCAAAACUGAUCUCUGCAACACUGAAACGCUGCCAGCUCCUCCGAAGCAGGCUCCCAAUGGGAGAUCGUGUUACAGCUGUGAUGCUAACGGCUGCUCAGUAACAGUGAACUGUGAAGGAAGUGAAAAUCGCUGCAUCAGUGUAUCAGUUCAAGAAGGGAGCAAGACCACGUCUAUGAAAGGAUGUGUAUCCAAGAGCCUCUGUGCUGCUUCUGGAUCAACAAGCAUGCCAGGAAUUGGUAAAUCAAACAUCCAUUGUUGUGAGGGGAAUCUGUGUAACGGUGCUGAGAACUUCACACUGAGUUUCCUGCUCAUGAUCGUCCCUCUGCUCUCCUCCGUCCUCUUCUACUGAAAUCUCCACUGAUGGAGCAGCUCAUGAAAAGUAGAAGUUUCUUUUUUAGCAUGUGAUUAAAAAUUUUGCUCUGUCUGCAAACCGAG